CCGUCUCUGAUUAUACACUUUCAGGUUCAACAAGCGAUUUUCCUCAUUGUUGUUGUGACGGCCUCUUUCUGACGUUCUACUACUCACUUCAGUAUUUCUGAAGGUGUGGCCUCUUUCUGAACUCGAACGAACCAACGCCCUUUCGUUUCAUUGUCAAUCUUGAACUAUUGAGUGUCAUCACCAUGGAUGAGGACAUGAUUUUCGAGUCGAUUCCCGUUUCUUUGUCGCAACCUCAAGGCGAUUCAUUUCAUUACCAGCAGAUAAAUGGCUUGGAUCCUCAUAGGAAAAUGCUGGACUUGGUAUUCGUGCAAGAUUGUACUGGGAGCCAGGGAAGUUACAUCUCUUCUGCUACCAAGAAUAUCGAGCAAAUUUGUGGCGCCAUCUAUGAGUCUGGACGACUGCAAGCGCUAGAGGACCUUCGGGUGGGCUUGGUAGCGUUCCGGGACCAUCCUCCACAGGACCACACAUACAUAGUCAGGAACUUUGGGUUCUCCUCUGAUAUUAGCAAGGUGCACAAGAACCUUUCUGGCUUGUAUGCUUCCGGAGGUGGGGACGGACCGGAAGCUGUGACCGCUGCUAUGGUCGAGGCUCUCAAUAUGGAAUGGAGGGAGAACGCGAGUAAGAUGGUUGUUCUCAUUGCUGACGCCCCUCCUCAUGGCAUUGGGGAGUACGGAGAUGGCUUCGAUGAAGGGUCGCCAGAUGGGAACGAUCCCCUUGUUGUCGCACGCAUGAUGGCUAGUCGCGGAAUUACUCUGUUUUUUGUUGCUUGUGAACCUGCUCUAAGCGGAUAUCAGUAUGCGACCGACUUCUACAAAGCAAUAACUAAUAUCACCUCGGGGUUGAUGUUACCGUUGACAACAGCGGACCUGCUCUCUCAUGCCAUCGUCGGAAGUGUUCUCGAAAACCUCGACAUGGAGAGAUUAGUGCGCGAAGUGGGGCAUGCUGUUGCUCAGCGGAUCAUUGGUAAUAACGAGAGCGUCGAUGAUGUCGCUAGGGAACUGCAUGAAAAGCUGCUACUGCGAAACGAAAGCACGAAGAAGGUGGUUAUAGAGAGCAUCUACAAGGAGUCAGAAGAGUCCCGGCAUAAUGUUGCUGUGUUCUCAGACGCUCCUUCGCUGGCAGAAGCUCGUCCGCUAUUGAAGAAGGUGAAUGGCACUCGUUUCACAGAUAAAUAUCUUCAGGCCCGCGGAAAUUUAGCGAGAGGCAGCUAUGCUUCGUAUACCCCGGCAACACCCCCACGCUCUCCACUUAGGUCGCCUUCCACAUCACCCUCCUCCAAGGGGUUCACGACGGGCUCUCCGCCACGCAAGGUGGUCACCGAUUUCGCUGCAUUUGGCGCUCCAGCAAACGCCAGUGUCUUCGGCACAGCAGUGGCGUCAACGCCUUUCUCGCUGGCUGGUGGGAAAGCAGCGUUUGGUGGAAUGCGAACUGGGCGCGGACGUGGAGUCUUUGAUGACGAUGAUGAUGACGAUGACGAUGGCAGACAAAAGGUCGAGUUGAGAGAAGACUCUAUCACGCUUGAUCAGGCCCGCCGCAUCGCUCUGCAAAGUGCUUGGAGGGGCGCAGGUAUCUAAUCCGCGUUCAUGAAAUGUUUUCUGAUGUCUCGAUCUUCCUUUGUCAUUUGCAACUCACGUCCAUCUUUCUCCUCACGCACGCAUGUUUUUUCUUGUCUAGUACCAGUAUUGUUUUAGAAAUCUAUCACCUGUUCAACGUUCUUCCCUUUCAGUUCAGAUUGCUCUUCGACCGUCAGGUCUUAAUUCGGAACCUUGUAGUAAUAAAUGUG